AUGGAUGAUACUCUAUGUGGAAAAUUAGAUCUUUUGAGGGAGUAUUUACCUGAUGACUUGGACAAAACUACACGACUUGAUUUUUAUGGAUAUGAUAGUUUCGUAAAUUACUGCCCUGGUAAAAACUGCAAUACUGAAAUCGAUAAAAUUACGGUUGGAUUUUUAUGGUUACUUGGAGAAUAUUUUACUAAAUAUCCACCUAAAAGUGGUGUUAUAGACUAUAAUAAACCAUUUUUUCUAUAUAUUAUUUUAUGGUUAAGUUACAAAUUAAAUCAGAACACAGAGAAAACAUUCACCACAAUAGACGAUUUUUUUACUGAAUAUGUAAACAAAAGUGGUAAAUAUGAAAAAUUUACAAAUGAUGCCUUUAAAUUUGGAAAUCUUGAUGAAUUCAUAAAGAAACAUAAAAAUUUGUUGAAUACUGAUAUUAAAGAUCUUUCUAAAUUUUAUGAUGCAUCCAAAUUAAUAUGUAAUAUGUAUGGUAAUGUUGCACAGAAUCAGACCGUCAACAUACUGUCAAAUAAUGUGAAUGAUUUUGCUAACCAAUAUACAGAGCUAAACAAUAAAUAUAAUGAUAAAGAUACCCCGCAUAGUAAAAUAUUGUCUGCUUUAUCAACUGAUUAUAAUAAUAUAAAAGAGAAACGUAAAAAUUAUCAAACGCUUCCAGAGAUAACAGAAUUUUCUGCACUAGCAUCUAAAUCUGGAGUUACAUCAUCAAGUUCGUCGAUAGGAAAUAAAUUAUUUACAGUUUUAUCGAUAUUUGGUGCAAUAGCAUUUUUUUUAGGAAUUUCUUAUAAGUAUUCGUUAUUUGGAUUUCGGAAACGAUUUCAAAAACAAAAAUUAAGAGGAAAACUAAAAAAUAUAAAGAAGAGAAUGAAACAUUAA